CUCUCUGUCCUCUGCUUCCCAAAACGUUCAAGAAAAAUGACGAGCACGGGAGUCGGAGAACCACUGAAUGGAAAUUUCAUAAAAUAUGAUCGGCUCGAAGAGCUAAAGGAAUUUGACGAAUCGAAAGCUGGUGUCAAGGGCCUUGUGGAUGCGGGUAUCGCCAGAAUCCCCAGAAUUUUCGUCCGGCCUCCAGAGGAGCUCGCCGGCGACCAUCCCAAUUCUGGCGACCCAAUCAAUAACCAAUUCAUAAUCCCGGUUAUCGACCUUGGCGACACCAUAGGCAGGCGUGCAGAGGUCAGGGCCAGUGUACAGCGGGCCGCUAAAACAGCGGGGUUCUUCCAGGUUGUGAAUCAUGGGAUCGCUAAGAGAGUGUUGGAGGAGAUGUUGGAAGCAACGCGUCGGUUCCACGAGCUUCCAAGGGAGGUAAAGGCUGAGUAUUAUACCAGGGAUCAGGCGAAGAAGGUGCUGUUUGAGAGUAACUUUGACUUGUACCAGUCGAAGUUUGCUAACUGGAGGGACAAUGUGUUCUGCGUUAUGGAUCCCGAACCUCCCGAACCUGAAGAAUUUCCUCCUGUUUGUAGAGACAUAACAAUUGAGUAUGCCAAGCAAGUCCAGAAGCUGGGGAUCACUUUAUUUGAAUUGCUAUCAGAAGCACUUGGGCUCAAAACUGACCACCUCCUAGAACUGGAUUGUGCAAAGGGCCAAGCUUUUCUUCUUCACUACUAUCCAGCAUGCCCUGAACCCCAACUGACUAUGGGCACAAGCAAACACUCGGAUCCUGAUUAUUUAACCGUAUUACUUCAGGACCAUGUUGGUGGGCUCCAAAUUCUUCAUCAAGAUCGUUGGAUUAAUGUUCCCCCUUUACCUGGCGCUUUAGUAAUCAACAUUGGAGAUCUCUUACAGCUCCUGUCUAAUGACAGAUUUAAAAGUGUAGAGCAUCGAGUGCUGGCAAACAGUGUAGAACCAAGAGUGUCUAUUGCAUGCUUUUUCACUCCCAAGCAUUACCAUUCAAGAAUUAUUAAUGGCCCCAUCAAGGAAUUGUUAUCGGAAGAUAAUCCUCCCGUAUACAGGGAAACCUCAGUGCAAGAACUCAUUGCAUCCUUCUAUGACAAGGGAAUUGAAGGGAACUCUGCCCCAAGGCCCAUAGCACGCUUCAAGUUGCAGCAGUCAAUGGAAUAAUAUUAGCAGACUUUUAAUCUAAUAUCUUAUAAGAACGAACCAACAUGAGAUGAACAAUCCAUAUUAAAACUCACGUUAUUUGCAAAACAUACUAAACUAAAUAACUGUGUAUGAUAUAAGAUGCCCAUGUUUUAUUCCAUGCUCUUGGCAAAAUACUUGCUGUGUUGAAGCAUGGAAUAUAUAAAAAAUAUACCGUUAUUUCUAAAACCUGUUGCUCUUCUUUGGAAUGUACUCAUCAGCCUAAUCAUAGUGGUAACUUGUGCCUCGCCUGAAACACUGAAUGUGGCUCUGUUUAGUGAUUUUAUUAAAGUUCACAUGUUGAUAUUA